AUGCAUCAUAAAGAAAGACUCAUAGAUCAUAUUUCUUCGGAGUCUAACUUCUCCCUUUCCACUUCGUCGAUGCCGUCCUUCAGCCAUGAAUCAAAUCAAUCGCCGAACCCAAUGCUGAUCGAACAAGCUUGCGAUUCCUGUCGUAAGCGCAAAUUAAGGUGUUCUAAGGAAUACCCAAAGUGUUCCAAAUGUGUCACCCACAAAUGGAGUUGCGUUUAUUCACCAAGGACAGUGAGAUCUCCGUUGACGAGAGCUCAUCUGACCAAAGUGGAAAAUCGUGUACGAAUGUUGGAAGAUCUGUUGGAACGAGUUUUCCCUACUCAGAGUGUCGACCAGUUACUGGAAAAGAGAACCAGUCUAUCCGGCAACUCCACGGGGCAUUCUCCAUCUUAUCCAAAUAGUAAUUCCGUUUCCCCCCAGAAUUCCUCCCCAAAAGUUAGCGACUCUUCCUCAACGACUGCUGAACCCGCUCCAGUCCUUCCAUCCAAACCCAAAUCUUCAUUCCGUCCAAUAGUUCCAGAUGACUACUUCCUGAAUGAUGAAAUCAACGGUUUCGAUUGGGAGGAGGAAGACACCCCAGAUCAAUUGUUGGUAAUGCAGCAACCUCCGACAUCCGUCGAUUCCACGAAUGUCUCACAUUCUUACUGGAAUCAUAGCCGAAGAUCGCAGAAAAAUUCCGUGACUUCGUUGAACUCACUUGCGGAGCACGAACAAUCCGGUUGCUCUUCGUUGAUAACGUCCCCCAGCCUACAGCCACUUUCUCAGACAACAACCAAUGAUUCCCACCCCGAUGGAAUGGCUGCUCUUUCAGUUAACCUUAAGGGUGGAUCUGGAUAUUUUGGGUUCUCUUCAAGUUCUGGACUUCUAAGGGCAUUGAAGCUGGGUCAAUUUGAUUCCGCUUCCAUAUCUCCUAUGAGCUCUGUUAGGAACUCGGUCUCCAAGACUAAUACUGAACCUACUGAACCACAAUCAAUUCGUUCUUUACUAGGAGAUCCCAAUGACUUUUUGGAACCCGAAAAGAAGGCUGAAUUCCCAGGCUACGAUUCUCACUUAAAUGACCCUAACAACCAAUCCCAAUAUCUCCAGGCCUACUUCAAGUAUUAUCACACAUCGUAUCCUUUCAUCCACAAAGGAUCAUUCCUCAAACAUUAUGCUGGGGAGCUACCAAUCAAGAAUGAGAACCAUUGGCAGAUUUUGCUUAAUGUCGUACUUGCUCUAGGAUGUUGGUGUUUGAAUGGAGAAUCUUCCUCGAUUGAUCUUUGCUACUACAAUAGAGCAAAGAUGCUUUUAAAGCAGGUGGGUAUUUUUGAAUGUGGUAACAUUAUGCUGUUAGAGUCUUUGAUUCUCCUUUCGAACUAUACGCAGAAGAGAAAUAAGCCUAAUACAGGAUGGAGUUACUUAGGUAUUGCUAUUAGAAUGGCUAUGUCUUUAGGGCUUUACAAAGAGUUCAACUUGGACCAUACAGAAAAGGACCACUAUCUCAACUUAGAAAUCAGAAGACGGUUAUGGUGGGGUUUGUACAUUUUCGAUGCUGGAGCUUCAAUAACUUUUGGUCGUCCUAUCACUUUACCAAGCAGAGAUUCGUGUGAUAUUCAACUGUGUUCCAAUAUCAAUGAUGCCGAGUUGGAAGAAUUGAUCGAAAUAAAAUCGGAUUCAAUCACUACUGAGGACCUUAACAAACCAUACCCAACAGCAUACUCCGGUUUGAUUCAGCAAACCCAGUUUACUGAAUUAUCUAUGAAAAUUUACAACCGUUUGGUUUCCAAACCAGCUCCAACUGUUGAAGAAUGUCUAGACAUGAACAUGGAAAUUGAAAAUUUCAUAAAGGGUCUUCCCGCUUACUUCCAUGAAAGCAAUGAAAUUGCAAUGUCUCAGUUCUACAAGGUUACGCCGUCCAAAUAUUACGAUUAUGACAGCAACAAACAGGUGGACUAUACCCGCUUACCGCAAUGGUUUGAUCUAAGUCGAAGUAGAUUGAUUUGGAGAUACAAGAACCUGCAAAUUACCCUUUUCCGAGCAUUUAUUUGGCAACGAGUCAUUGGAGUAACCAAUCCCAAGGUACUUCAACAGUGUAAGACUAGCAGAGGUAAGGAAUGUCGAACUAUUUGUUUGAGAGUUGCUCAUGAAACAAUUUUGUCUAUUCAACAGUUCGUGAAUAUUGACGAUGAUGAUGACUUCUCUAGACUAUCGGUCAUUGGAUGUUGGUAUGCUACGUACUUCCUAUUCCAGGCUGUCCUGAUUCCAAUCGCUUGUCUUUGUUCUGAACCGGAUAGCAAAUAUGCUCCAAUUUGGAUCGAGGAUAUUCAAAUUAGUAAGAAGAUCUUCUUGAAGCUCAACAAGCUCAACUCGUUGGCAUCUAAGUUUGCCAAUGUUAUUGACAGAUCAAUGAGUCAAGUAAUGCCACAGUUCGACACAACAAGCGCCAAGGACUCUCCACUCAACAUUAACGAUUUGAUCGAUAUGCACGGUCUCAUGGGUAACAGCCCCGCUCCUGGUUCUAACAACAAUAGCAACACCAAAAGCAGCCCCAGCACUACCAACAAUACCAGGACCCCCAACACUAUCAACAAAAACAACAGUAACAUGAACAAUAAUAGUAUCAAUAACUAUUUUAACAACAACAGCAACAACAAUAACUCCUUCUCCAGUUCGAAGGCUGGACCAGUGAAACAGGAAUUUGAAGAUUACUGUUUAAAGCUGGACCCUGAAGACGAAGACAUGUCUGCCUUAGAGUUUACCGCAGUUCGAUUCCCCAACUUUUCAGCUACGACAACAGCCCCGCCUCCUACUCCAGUCAAUUGCAACAGUCCUGAAAACAUCAAGACCUCCACUGUGGACGAUUUUUUGAAAGCUACUCAAGAUCCAAAUAACAAAGAGAUACUCAACGACAUUUACAGUUUGAUUUUUGAUGACUCCAUGGAUCCUAUGAGCUUCGGAAGUAUGGAACCAAGAAACGAUUUGGAAGUUCCGGACACUAUAAUGGAUUAA